AUGUCCCCUGGCCAGAAUGACGACGACUUCUCUCCUCCCAGAUCCUCUGCCCACCCCCUGCGACUAUGGUACACCUCCCGGGGCACUCUAUGGAACGACUCGAUGCCCAUUGGCAACGGACGCCUAGGCGGGAUGAUCCGCGGCGUGCCGACCCAGGAAAUCAUCUCCACAAACGAGGACUCAUUCUGGUCCGGCACCGCCAUGGACCGGCUCAACCCGGACGCCGCGUCCACCCUCAAGACGGUCCAGCAGCUUCUCGUCCAGGGGGAGGCCCCGAAGGCAGAGCUCGAGGCCGCCCUGGGUCUCAGCGGGACCCCGACCAGCAUGCGCAUCUACCAGCCUGGCGGAGACCUGUGGAUCAAGUACGACGGGGUCAACACGUCCGACAUUGGCGGGUACGAGCGCUGGCUGGACCUUAGCGACGGCACCGCGGGGGUAUACUUUGAGGCCGGGGGUGUGGCGUACAAGCGCGAGUACAUUGCCAGCGUGCCCGCGAGUGUUCUUGCGGUCCGGCUGACGGCGUCGGAGCCCGGCAAGCUGAGCGUCAGGGUCAAGUUCGAGAGGCCCUCGGACGGACAGAAUCGGUUCGUUGACAAGUCGUAUGCCGAGGACGGGCACAGCAUUUUUUCUCUGUACAGCUCUGGCGACAUCCGCGCGGUCACGGGUGCUAGGGUCAGAUACCUCGGCGGGACGAGCCGGCAGAUUGGGGACAACGUGCAGGUCAUGGGUGCGGAUGAAGUCUGGGUGUAUUCGGACACAGAGACAACUGUGCGCUGUCAGGAUCCCCUGGGCGAGGCCAAGACCAAGCUGGCUGCGGCAGCGGCGAGGACGUAUCAGGAGAUCCGGGACGAGCACGUCAAGGACUACCAAGAGCUCUUCGGUAGGACGGAGUUCUCGCUGGGCGAGUCGACUGACGAGCAGAGGUCCAUGCCGACGGACAAGCGGAGGCAGACACUCGGCCAGGGGGCGUUUGAUCCAGAGUUCGUGUCGCUUUAUUUCCAGUUUGGGAGAUAUCUCCUCAUCUCGUCGUCGCGGCCGGGCACUUUUCCCGCGAACCUCCAAGGUAUCUGGAACAACGAGCUGAGUCCAGGAUGGGGCUCAAAAUUCACUAUCAAUAUCAACCUCGAGAUGAACUAUUGGCCUUCCCAAGUCACAGACCUCCAAGAACUCAACCAGCCCCUCUUCGACCUGAUCGAGAAGAUCUACACCUCCGGCAAGCGCACCGCGACCGAGAUGUACUCGGCCCGCGGCUGGCUGGCCCACCACAACACCGACAUCUGGGGCGACACUGCACCACAGGACAUCUGGGCGCCGGGCGCGUACUGGCCGCUCGGCGGCGUCUGGCUGGUCAGCCACAUCUACGAGCACUACCUGUACACGCGGGACGCAGCGUUCCUGGAAAAGUACUACUACCUGUUCUACGAGGCGGCCGAGUUCUUCGAGGACUUCCUGACGGACUACAAAGGGUGGAAGGUCACGAAUCCGAGCACCUCCCCGGAGAACUCGUACAAGAACGGCUCGAUCACGGGGAGCAUGACGGUCGGCUCGACGAUGGACAACACCCUCCUGCGGGAGCUGUUUGACAAUCUCUUCGCUGCAACGGCCGUACUGGGCAAGCCGGAGACGCAGCUGAUACGCAACGUCAAGACCCUGAGGGACAAGCUGCCGCCGCUGGCGGUCUCGUCCCGCACGGGCAGGCUGAUGGAGUGGAUCGAGGACUUCAACGAGACGGAGCCGGGGCAUCGGCACAUGUCGCAUCUCUACGGCCUGUUCCCGGGGAGCGAGAUCAAGAGGGGGGACAAGAAGACCUGGGAUGCGGCGGUGGCAGCCCUGGCGUGGAGGGUCUCGAAUGACGCCGGCGACAUGGGCUGGUCCCGCGCUUGGACCACGGCGCUGCACGCCCGUGUGCUCGACGGCAAGAGCGUGCAGGCCGACAUUGCCGCGCUGCUCGUCAAUCUCACGCACAACAGCCUCCUGGACGCGGGCCCACCCGCGGCGUUCCAGAUCGACGGCAACUUUGGCGGGACGGCCGCCAUUGCGGAGUCCCUCCUGCAGAGCCACGAGUAUGAUGAUCAAGAUGGUGGUGAUGGGCAGCGGGUGUUGAUCCGCGUGUUGCCGGCGCUAAUGCCGAGUAGUGUCAAGGGGCGGUUUGGCGGACUUGUGGCGAGGGGAGGAUUUGUUGUGAGUGCGGAGUGGGAUGGGGGAAAGGUUACGAAGGUGGUGAUUCAGUCGAGGAUUGGUGGGAAGGUGAGUGUGACUGCGGCGGACACUGGUGUGAAACUGGCUUCAGAAGGAAGAGACAGCGAGGCUGGAGAGGUGUUGGUUCUCGAUACGGUGGCUGGUGGCGCAUACACUCUUGUGGGAGUGUCCAAAUAG